CAUGAGCGAUUACCAUCCUCACAUAAGAAUCCCCGUAAGGAAACCUUUAGCAGUUAUUCCAAGACGGGUACCACAUCUACCAGUAAGAUUUAGUGCUAGACAAACUCCUGUUUAUUCGAAUGGUACUACUAUGUCACUUAAAAGACCGCCAAGUCGACCGAAAGUAGAAGAGGAAAAAGUUGAAGUUAAAAUAUUGUCUAAAGAAGCGACGGAAAAUAGAAAGAAAGAGAAGCGUAGGAAAAAAGUUAGAAUGAUUAAAACAAUUACAAUGAUACUUGCUUGGAUUUGUAUGGGUUUGUUUUCAGAGAUUUGUGCACCAGCCUUGCCCUACUUAAGAGCUAGAGUAAAAGCAAACUACGAAGAAAUAUCUAGGGUUCUUGUAGCUAGGGGCUUAGGCUUUCUUAUAGGAGCACUAACAGGUGGAAUAGUCUGCGAAGCAUUCGCCAAGUACACAGAUCUCGUUUUGGCCAUUGCACUUGGUGUGGCUGGGAUAGGUACUGCCAUGGCUCCCCUUUGUACAAAUUUACCAAUGUUAGGAGCCAUGUUUUCCCUCGACGGUUGCGGCAAAGGGGUACUAGCUUCCGGGGGCAAUGGAUUUAUUAUAAGAUUAUGGAAAGAUAGGGCUGCAACUCCUACUUAUUCUCUACAUUUCGCUUUUGGGGUGGGGGCGCUGAUCGCUCCCCAACUUGUUCGUCCAUUUAUUCUCGACCGUGAAAAUCACGACAUGUCCAAUCAAACUGUAACGUCGAAUGAUGUUUCUGUAACUUUUGAGGAUGGGUGGUCUGCUUCGCUGGAGUAUCCAUUCGCUAUCGCCUCAUGUUUAACAUUUAUUGUAGCUCUCAUGUUUUUAACCUUUUUCCGAAAGUCAAGAAAAGAUAGUGCUUGGAGAGCUGACGAUUAUGAUUUACAUAGAAACCAAUUUACAUUUGAUAAGAAUUGGUAUAAGCCUAAAAGUUGGACUGAAGGAGAUUUUCCUUUAGCUUGUAUCAUGCUAACUUUUCUUUUUACAUUUUGUCCACUUCCUAUUGGUGCUGAACGGGUCAUAGGCAAGUUCUUAUUUGCUUAUGCCAGAGAAGUAACAUCCUUCGAAAUUGGAGAGGGUACACUUCUUGAAACGUGUUUCUGGGCUAGUUUCACGGCGGGUAGAGGUAUAUCUCUAGUCUUUUCAAGAUGCAUCCACUCGAGUUCUAUUCUAACCUGGUGCCUUGGUUCUUGUAUAAUAUGCUGUGCAAUUCUUGUAGCCUAUGCCUCUAGAUUCAAAACAAUUUUAUGGAUAUUUUCUUGCCUUUUUGCAAUGACUCUAUCACCGAUAUUUCCGGCCUGGCUAAACUGGGCAAACUCAAAAAUGAAAAUAAACGUUUUAACAACAUCUUUAACUUUUGUUGCAUCGGCAGGUGGAUCAAUGGUUUUACCAUGGAUUGCUGGAUACAUCUAUGCAUACAAAUCAAAAAAGGGACUAAUGUCGCUUCUUCUAUAUUGCAGUAUAAUUGCCGCAUUUGUUGCGGCGGUCGGUAUGUUAUCAGCUCAGUACAGAUUAGCCAGAUUAAGAAAGGCAAGAAAAGCUAGAUUACAAAAGGCUGAAGUCACGGACAAUAUCAGAAUUGAUAACGCAGAAGAGAAUGCAAGCGAUAUAUGGAAUGAUAUUGAACGUGAUAUAAGUAGAAGUCUUGAUGAGACCAAUCGGCAAUUAAAUAUGCUUCCAACAGAAGAGAAAAAUACUAGCUAG